CAAAACCACGACACCAUCACCCUCAAUGUCCACGACAACAACUUCUGUGCCGUGAACCCCAACUUCAUUGCGGUGGUGACCGAGUGCGCGGGCGGUGGCGCCUUCCUUGUCAUUCCUAUCAAGCAGACAGGCAAGCUUGAUCCACAUUAUCUCAAAGUGUGUGGGCACAAAGGAAAUGUUCUGGACAUCAAGUGGAACCCAUUCAACGACUUUGUAAUAGCCUCAUGUUCAGAAGAUGCCACAGUUAAAAUCUGGGACAUCCCAAAUCACUUGCUAAAAAGAAACAUUACCACUCCGAAGAAAGAACUUCUUGGGCAUACUCGAAGAGUCGGUCUGAUUGAAUGGCAUCCCACAGCUGAAAACAUCCUCUUCAGCUCUGGCUAUGACUACAAGAUCAUUAUCUGGAACCUUGAAGUCAAGGAUGCUAUUCUUCGAAAGCCAGUGAAGAUUCUUGAUGCUCACAAAGAUGUGGUCCUCUCCAUGUCAUUCAACACAGAUGGCAGUCUCCUUGCCACUGCCUGCAGGGACAGAAAGAUACGUGUGAUAGACCCUCGUGCUGGAACAGUCCUACAGAAAGGAAACUCUUAUUGGUUACUAAAGUGCUACAUUACCAUCAUUGGUCAGUGGGGUUCACCACCCCCUGACUUUCUCCUGCAAGGAAAACACGGGAACAGACAAACAGCACCUGCAGGCUGUUUUCUGUCUUUGAGGAUUGUUUUGAAUCCUCCCAUGAAAUUCCCAGGCUAGCUUCUCAGGCAGGUCUGGCAGGCCAUGGGGCCUGCAGCUUGCUCUAAAGCUAGCCUCCACAAUUCACCCUUUUGGUUUAGGAAAAAAAUAAAAAAUGUACAGUGUUUGUAACAUCCUGCUGGGCCCUGCAGGAGGGAGAACAAACACGGCACAAGUGGUUUAUUUUCCUAGAUAUUGGAAUGGAUAUUAAUUUGGAAUUUUGGUUUAUGAUGAUGUUUAAAGAUUGUUUUCCUUGCAAGGAUUUGACGGUUGAGUCAAAUAUCCUUAACUCAUUGAACUAAUACAAAACAUUGUUAGUCUGCUCAAACUGACAGUCUAACUUGUCAAUAUAGUAGUUUAAAAGAACACUAAAGUGGUACAAAGUGAGCAAAUUUGGGACUCGCAGGGAUUGCAGGACUUUGGUGCGGUUCACCCCCUGCAAGGCGGGGGGGAACGCGUGCUGGCCGGGGCACUGCUCGAGCCCCGGCACCGUCUCGCGGGGCGGCUCGGGUUCGCAGGAGAAGAACCUGGCAGCACAAGGCUGGCAGAACUCGGCCCGGCGCCUGUAGCACGGUCCGCGCGCGCGUGGGCCGCACUGACGGGCGCGAGGGUGUUAAGAAUAAUUAGAAGACUGUUACCAUGUUACUGUUUGUAAACCCCUUACUUACCUUGUACCCCUGUCCCAAAUUGCUGUACCCCGUAUUUCUUGCUCCUUGUUCAGCCAGGCCCUGCUCCCACUGCUCCUAGACUCCCACAUGGCAACACUGUACCCCUGCCCCAAGUUGCUGUACAUUGUUCAGUUGGGCCCUGAGGAGGAGGAUGACAUAAGGACUUCUAUGUAAACGAAAGAGACCAGAGACUCACGGGACGCACCCAGACUGGAAAAAACCCCGAGACAACGAGCCACACAAAAGGGAAGGAAUAAAAACAGUACCAUCGAACAAGGAAGACCCAGAGGAGUCCCCUGACUUCCUUCCAGAGGCCGACAUAACCACGAGGGGACUCGACUGGGAUGACACCCUAGGCUACGAGGCCAAGAGAACGAGACUUCCCAGGGACUCCCGUGAGGAAGGAAGGCCCAGCUCUGCCCUAGUGACAAAGCUGCACGGAUCCUCCUCUUCUGCGGUGUCCAAGUGGGAGCAGUGGCGGUGUGCGAAACCCCUCAGGCCCCCACCCCAGAGCUGUCCUGUUUAAUAAAGGCCUUUUUAAAAGGAGCUGGUCUCCUGGCCCGUUCAUCACAGCUUGGAGGCUCGUCCAGGAUAGCCACGCCCUGAAGAGGACCAGGGACGGGACGGCCGCCCGCCCUAUCGGGCCUCCGGGGGACAGCUGGCUAUAUUGGACCCGAAGGACAGCCUGGGAUCAGCAGCGCAGAAGAGCGCCGGAUUGGGUCCCUUCCAGGUCCUGCUGGUGACCCACGCUGCUAUUCGGACCCAAGAAAAGGGGUGGACUCACGUCUCCCGUGUAAAA